GUCAGAGGGCGAGAGGCGGUCGCCAUUUCGGGGCCGUGGGCGACCGUUGAGGGCCUCCGUUAGCCCGUGGCCACCUCGGGAGCCCUGAGGCGACGUGAUGGGCAAGGCCCGGGCGGGACGGGCCAAGGGGAAGGCCCCCGGGGGCCAAACCGGAAGUUGGGCCAACACCAUGGCCAACACCAUGGCCAACCCCAGGGGCAAGACCAUGGCCAAGACCAUGGCCAACCCCUUCGAGGUCAAGGUCAAUCGCCAGAAAUUUCACAUCCUGGGGAGGAAAACCCGCCACGACGUGGGGCUGCCCGGAGUGUCCCGAGCCAAGGCCAUCAGGAAGCGUACACAGACUCUGCUGAAGGAAUACAGAGAAAGGGACAAGUCCAACGUAUUUAGCGACAAACGUUUCGGGGAGUACGACGCCAGAAUAAACCCCGAGGAGAAAAUGAUGAAGAGGUUCGCUCUCGAACGACAGCGGAAUCACGGGAAGAAAAGCAUCUACAACCUCAACGAGGAUGAGGAGCUGACUCAUUAUGGCCAAUCUCUGGCAGAUAUCGAAAAGCUUAACGACGUAGUCGACAGUGACAGUGACUCUGAAGAAAGAGGACUUUUAUCAGCCGAGCUAACCGCCGCCCACUUCGGAGGGGGCGGGGGGCUCCUCCGCAAGAAAGCCCCCCGACAGCAAGACGACGACGGGGAGGAGGAGAAACCCAAGUCGCGCAAGGAACUCAUCGAGGAGCUCAUCGUGAAGUCCAAACAAGAGAAGCGGGAACGCCAGGCUCGGCGAGAAGACGCCCUGGAGCUCACCGAGAAGCUGGACGGCGACUGGAAGGAAAUCCAAUCCCUCCUGUCUCGCAAAGCCCCCAAAGCGGAUAAAAAAGAAAAGGACGACGAGAAGCCCAAGCCCGACGCGUACGACGUGAUGGUUCGGGAACUUGGCUUUGAGAUGAAGGCGCAGCCCUCCGACAGAAUGAAGACCGAGGAGGAGCUGGCCAGGCAGGAACAGGAGCGACUCAAGAAGCUGGAGGCCGACAGACUGCGCCGAAUGCUGGGGAGAGAUGAAGAGGAAAAGCUUCAGAAACCCAAGCAUACAUCAGCAGAUGACUUAAGCGACGGCUUCAUAUUAGAUAAAGACGAUCGACGUAUGCUCUCGUAUAAAGAUGGCAAGAUGAACCACGAGGAAGCAGACGACUCUGAGAGCGAAGGCGACGGCGACGAGCGUGAGAUGGGUGCCGUCGAAGAGGAGCGCGAGGGUGGCGGAAGGGACGGGGAAAGCGAGGCUCCGGACAGCCACUCCGACCUCGAGUCCGACGUGGACAGUGAAAGAGACGCCUCGGGAAACGACGACCAGAGCCGAGGAAAAUCCCAGGCGGCGGAAGAGGAGCCUGGCGACGAGGAGGAUCAGAGGGCCAAGGUGGAGGCCGCCCGGGCUGAGCUCCCUUACACGUUCACCGCUCCAGGAUCCCUCGAGGAACUGAAGUCGCUGCUGUCGGGAAGAUCGCCGGAGCAGCAGCUCGUGGUGGUGGAGAGAAUUCAGAAAUGCAACCAUCCAAGCCUGGCGGUGGGAAACAAAACCAAGCUGGAAAAACUGUUUGGAUUCCUCCUGGAAUACGUCGGGGAGCUGGCAACCGGGGACCCGCCGGAUCUCCAGACGGUCGACAAGUUGGUCCUGCAGUUGUACAGCCUGUGCCAGAUGUUUCCCGAGUCGGCAAGCAACACGGUGAAAUUUGCCCUCCGAGAGGCCGCGCACGAGGCGGAGGAGAUGGUGGAAGUCAAGGGGCGUGCGGCGUUUCCGGGGUUGGACGUGCUCAUUUAUUUGAAGAUAACGGCGAUACUGUUUCCGACUUCCGACUUCUGGCACCCGGUCGUCACGCCCGCUCUGAUGUACAUGAGUCAGCUGCUCACUAAGUGUCCUGUCCUGUCCCUCCAAGAUGUGGUCAAGGGACUUUUUGUGUGCUCUGUGUUUCUGGAGUACGUGUCCCUAUCCCAGAGAUUUAUUCCGGAACUUCUGAAUUUCCUUCUUGGAAUCCUCCAUACGGCCACGCCCGACCAAAGCCCCCGAGGUUAUACCCUGGUGCCCCCUUUCAAACCUCUGGGAGAAAAUUUGCGACUGCUCCUGGUUUCCGAUAAAGAGGAUAUGGACACCUGGCAGAAGAAGCGGUUACCCCUUUCUCUGAUGAACGGAUUGAAGGAAACCAACAGGACGGUAAAAAAUCACAUCAGGCUAUCGUGUGUGGCCCUGUGUUUAGACCUCGUUAAGAGAUGCGGAACGAUGUACGCAUCGCUGGCGUCCGUCCACGAAAUAAUGAAGCCCAUCAGAGCGCUGCUCUCCGGACACGAGUCAGGGGAUGGAUACCCUGAAGAGCUGCAGGAACUGAUUCGGAGUGUAUUAAAAGAUCUGGAAAACCAAGAAAAAUGUUACCGGCCCCUUGAGUGUGAGAAGAGUAAGCCUGUGCCGUUGAAACUCUUCACGCCCAAAAUAGUGAAAGUCCUCGAGUUUGGAAGAAAACAAGGCCACAGUAAGGAGGAGCAAGAAAGGAAGAGAUUGAUUCACAAGCAUAAACGUGAAUUUAAAGGAGCCGUCCGGGAAAUUCGCAAAGACAAUCAGUUCCUGGCCCGAAUGCAGCUUUCAGAAAUCCUGGAAAGGGAUUCGGAAAGAAAGAGGAAAGUGAAACAGCUCUUCAACAGCCUGGCCACUCAGGAAGGCGAAUGGAAGGCCCUGAAGAGGAAAAAGCUCCGAAAAUAAAAAAAGUCUAGGCUUGGUCAAGGGGCUGUUCUGUUUUUGUCCUCAUCACGGGGGAGUCAAGAAUGCUCCGUUUUCAGAGUUGUCCGUUCAACUUGGACACCGGAAUUCUUUCGUUAACAGCGUAAAUCAAGUUUCAAAAAUGCCCUUCUUGGUGCAUAUGCAAGCUAAAGCAAAUGGCCCUAAUAAAGUCUGCUUUUUUUUACUGGAAAAA